CAAGGGCGGGCCUCUGCUGCUCUUUAUAUAUUAGUCGACUCGGUUGAUGAUUUGCAUUACUUGCAUCGCUGCACCAGAGCAGAUCAGACCACGCGCAUCAUGAGCAACGGCAGACACUUGGCUAAAGGUGGGUACAGCUCCUCAUCACGUGGGCCUGUUAGCCUGAAAGGAAUCGAAUCCGUUUUUGUAGGCUCUCCCAUUCCGGAUGUGCCCGAGGAUGGGAUACUGCGGUUGUACUCCAUGCGCUUCUGUCCGUUCGCCCAGCGUGUCCAUCUAGUGCUGGAUGCCAAACAGAUACCCUACCACAGCAUUUACAUAAAUCUCACAGAGAAACCAGACUGGCUAUUCGACAAGAAUCCGCAGGGCAAGGUGCCCGCACUGGAGCUGGUGCGCGAACCGGGUCCACCGGUGCUGACCGAAUCGCUGCUCAUCUGCGAGUACCUGGACGAGCAGUAUCCACUGCGGCCGCUUUAUCCGCGAGAUCCACUGAAGAAGGUCCAGGAGAGGCUUUUAAUCGAGCGCUUCAACUCGGUCCUGGGCGCCUUCUUUAGGGCAUCUGAUGGCGGCGACCUGGAGCCCUUCUGGUGUGGCUUGGAUACCUAUGAGAAGGAGCUGAGCCGCCGUUGCACUGACUUCUUUGGUGGCGAACAAACGGGUAUUCUCGACUACAUGAUAUGGCCGUGGUGUGAGCGCCUGGACUUGCUCAAGGUGCAGCGAGGCGAUGACUACAAUUUCGAUGAGCGGCGCUUCCCGCAGCUGUCGCAAUGGGUGGAACGCAUGAAGCGGGAUUCGGCUGUGAUGGCCUUCUACAUGGAGGCGGAAGUGCAAGCAGAGUUCCUGCGCACUCGCAGCGCCGGCAGACCCAACUAUAAUCUGCUGGUCAAGGAAGCAUGAUUUUUUUUUUGUUCGUUUUUU